AUGUGUUUGGUGCUCAAGUACGUGUUUAUACUAUUAUGGCUUAUGUACACUUUCGCCUCAAUUAUACUUCUAUUCAGCAAGGGACUAUUACUGCACAGAGAUGUGUUGCCCAACAAGUCCAUCUGUGAAACCGAUGUCAAUUCUCUUCAAGAGUUGACACAGAACUGCACAAAAACCAAUACAAAAGUGGUGAUGUUAAUUAUUGAUGCCUUGCGCCAUGAUUUUGUCUUUCAUUCUGAACAGGACAUGCCGUAUACGAACAAGAUUACAGUGUUCAGGGACAUAUUGGCCAGUUAUCCAAAACAGUCAAGAUUAUACAAGUUUAUAGCUGAUCCCCCGACCACGACUAUGCAAAGAUUAACAGCUCUCACUACUGGAAGUUUGCCUACUUUUAUAGAUGUUGGUUCAAAUUUUGCAACUGAAGAAUUGCUGGAAGAUAAUGUUAUUGAUCAGUUAGUGAAUAAUGGAAAAAAAGUUGUAUUCAUGGGAGAUGAUACAUGGGCAAAUUUGUUUCCAAAAAGAUUUUACAGAAAUUAUACAUAUCCAAGUUUUAAUGUUUGGGAUUUGGAUACUGUUGAUGAAGGAAUCAAAAAAAACUUAUAUCCUGAAAUUGUAAAAGACGAUUGGGACGUGUUAAUUGCUCAUUUUUUAGGAGUUGACCAUUGUGGUCAUAGAUAUGGACCAAAUCACAAAGAAAUGGAAAGGAAGCUUAAUGAGAUAAAUGUAGUUUUGAGAGACAUAUUAAAAGAAAUUCUUGGUCGUGAAAAUAUCAUGCUUUUUGUAUUUGGUGAUCAUGGAAUGACAUCAAAUGGUGAUCAUGGGGGAGAAUCUGAAAAUGAAUUAACAUCUGCACUUUUCGUAUUGUCAUCAUCUCAAGAAUUACAACCAAAAACAGAAAGUGAUAUAAAACAAGUUGACUUAGUACCUACUAUAUCAACAUUAAUGGGUGUUCCUAUUCCAUUCUCAAAUAUUGGCUCUCUUAUUAAAUCAGCUUUACCACAAAACUUUCAUUUAGUCAAUAGUAUUUGGAGAAAUGCUAAACAGAUUAAUGAUUAUCUUACAACUUACUCGUUACAGAAUGAUGAACUUAAUGAUAAGCAUAUACAUUUUAUUAAAGAUACAUUCAAAAUGUUAGAUAUUCAACAUAACACAUUUGUGAAAAGUUGUGAAAAUUUUAUGCAAUUAAGUAGAAGAGCGUGUGAAGAAGUUUGGAUACGUUUUGAUGAAAGUUCUAUUUAUAAAGGUUUAGUCCUAAUGUUUGUAUCUUUAUAUUUCAGUUUCUUACUUGUUGGCUCAUCUGCUUUAGACCAUUAUGAUAAAAUCACUGGAAAGCAAGUGCUCAUUAUGUUUUCCAUAGUUGUUCCAUUGAAUUUAAUCGCAUUUCUAUUUUAUUUGUAUAAGAUAAUUCAUAUAACUGUCGUAUUUUUUGUUACUGGGUUUAUAGGUACUAUUUUCCUUGCUAUAUUUUGUGUAGCUUGUUGGUCGUCAUUAACACAAGAUUUUCUUAAUACCAAUAAACCUGAUAAAAUAUUGAUACGUAUAUUUACUGUAUUAACUACUCUUGGAUUUUUUUCUAAUAGUUACAUCAUUGAAGAAUCGUAUGUAUUGCAUACAUCAUUUGUUCUUUUACUAUGGUAUCUAGUUGUCAGAUUUAAAUUAGAAAAUAGGAAAACAUGGUUUCGUAAUAAAAUAAAACCUAAAAACUUUUCACUUAAACAUUGGAUCACAUCAUUAAACUGCAAAGUUGUAUGGUGUUCAAUUCUGUUGUGUAUUAUAUUGCGUUACUCUCAUUCAUUUUGGAAAUGCCGUGAAGAACAAGGAUGGUGUUUUGAAGAUGGAGCUCAAACCAAAACCGGAAAUUCAAUCAUUUCCAUAGUUCUUAUAGUAAUUUCUGUUACUGUUGUACAUAAGUCAUUGAAAUGUUCUGGAAACCUAACUGGAUGUUCUUUAAAUGUUUAUUUGUCUUCAAUUUUGCCAAGAAUAUUUGCUGUACUGUUGUCUGUUCAUUGGAUAUUUGAUUCUUCAUUUCAACGUGUGAAGCAUACCAUACCUUAUGUAGCGUACAUACCAAAUGUUAUUAUAUUAUUAACUGUAAUACUAAUGAUGACAUUAUUUGUAAGCCCAUUACUUGUACACUAUGUGGACUUACAAGAAGGUAAAGCUAAUAAUCAAUCAGAGAAGUUUUUAACCAAUUGGUUCUCAGAAUAG